AUGACGAAAAACUGGAUUUCUCCUUGGGCUGCGACGAUCCAAGACCUAGCGAGGAAUGCUAUGGAGUCCGAGGUAGCUGGCAACACCCCCAUCACGCAUUUGGCAUCCAUCAGCGAGGCGCUGAGCCAAGGUUUGCAAAAUCUAUGCCGGAUAGACGAAGACAGCCGUGGAGAGGUAGAGCAAAGGGCAGCAUCAUCUCUGGACAGCGAAGGCCUUCCUCGACGCUUGCUCCAAGAUAAAGUCCCGGCUUCCAUACUUCCUCAUGUUCGCCGACCACUUCCACCGCAGAGUAGCCGCCGUCUACGACGUGAGUGUCUCGAGCUGGCACUUGCUACCGUUCUCCUCCUUCAUGCACUGCCGGUUCCCGGAGUCGUUUCUAGUUCUAGCAGCAGCCGGGGGGCUGCUGUGCUUGGAAGGCACGGGGUCGCAAAGCGGAACUAUGUUCGUCUCCAAUCCCAUCACUCGGGUCUACAAGAAGCUUCCACGGAUAUCGCGAUGAAGUCGCCUUACGUGGUCGGGAUGGUGGUGGACGACGAGAUGAAGUCGUAUAAGAUCUUGGUAGCACAGGACGGGGAAACGCUAGCGUCGCAAGUCUACGAUUCCUCGACCAACAGGUGGAGCUUAACAGGAGUUUACCACCGGAGGACCGCCAUCCUCGCCGGUGCUACGUUCUACAACGGGCUGCUCUUCUGCUUGACGUUCUCGCCAAACGGAUUGCUCGCGUUUGAUCUGGAGAGGGGGCAGUGGCUGGAGGUGAAGCUGGCGCUGCCACCAUCGCUCAGCUGUCCGAACCUCAUGACUCACCAGGACAGGCUGUUACUCAUCGGCGGGAUCGAAGAGCUCGGCAGCCUCCAGAGCGUCCACGUCUGGCAGCUCCAUCCGACCAAGCCCGAGUGGAUGGACGUGGAGAGAGUCCCGGACGAUCUGUUCCAGAGGCUGUUCACGUCCUCGUCGGGGCACUUCAUCUGCGUCGGGCAGGGGGACUUUAUCUGCCUGCACGAGUACUACUCGCCGGAGAUACUCAUGUAUGACAUCGUCAGGAGGUCGUGGCAGUGGCUACCGGGGUGCUCGCUCAAUGACAACAUCGAGGCUAGAUCGGUGCUGGGCUUCGCGUUCCAGCCCCGGAUCGAGGCAGUGCCUUGAGACAAAGCUUGGGAUUCUACGAUCCAGGAUCCUUGGAAGUGGAGGGGUGAGAAGAAGUUUUUGGGAGAACAACGAAGUAGUGAAGGUGGAAGAAGUUUGGAGGCGCCACUGAUGUGUGAUGGUGGAAGAAAGGCAACGUUUAGUGGCAAAGGUUUUCCUUUGGUCUUUUUCUAAUGGUCAAGAGAAUAUUCGAAAGUU